UUUUAAGUCCACCGGAAAAAGUAUUGGUUGGGGCCAAUCAAAGUUAACUCAAAACGUUUCUUGGAAGCCUGGGCUCUGCUCUCCCACAGCACGGUCCACAGUUGCGUCCGCCCCAAUCCUGAGAGGCAGGGCCUCGACCGGCCCCUCGGCGAUCCAUUGCUCUCCCCGCGGGCCGGGCGCAGGCCUGGUCCCGCCCCCGACGGUCCAUACGUCGCGAGGCCCGCGGGAGCCUCCGCCCACAGAAUUCCUCUGGUUGGGCCAGGCUGGGGCGCUGCGGCCACAGCCAAGGAUCCGGGACGUGGCUCCUGGACGGAGAACCAUGCUGGACUUCGCGAUCUUCGCUGUGACCUUCCUGCUGGCGCUGGUCGGAGCAGUGCUCUACCUCUACCCGGCUUCCAGACAGGCUGCAGGAAUUCCAGGGAUUACUCCAACUGAAGAAAAAGAUGGUAAUCUUCCAGAUAUAGUGAACAAUGGAAGUUUACACGAGUUCCUGGUUGGUUUGCAUGAGAGAUAUGGGCCUGUGGUUUCUUUCUGGUUUGGCAGGCGUCUUGUGGUUAGUUUGGGCACUGUGGAUGUACUGAAGCAGCAUAUCAACCCCAAUAAGACAUUGGACCCUUUUGAAACCAUGCUAAAGUCGUUAUUGAAAUACCAAUCUGGCAAUGGGAGUGGAAGUGAAAACCACCUGAGGAAAAAAUUGUAUGAAAAUGGUGUGACUAAGUCUCUGCAGAGUAAUUUUGCUCUCCUGCUGAAGCUUUCAGAAGAAUUAUUAGACAAAUGGCUCUCCUACCCAGAGACCCAGCAUGUACCCCUCAGCCAGCAUAUGCUUGGUUUUGCUAUGAAGUCUGUUACACAGAUAGUAAUGGGUAGUACAUUUGAAGAUGACCAGGAAGUCAUUCGCUUCCAAAAGAAUCAUGGCACAGUUUGGUCUGAGAUUGGAAAAGGCUUUCUAGAUGGGUCACUUGAUAAAAGUGCAACUCGGAAAAAACAAUAUGAAGAUGCCCUCAUGCAACUGGAAUCUGUUUUAAAGAAAAUCAUAAAAGAACGAAAAGGAAGGAACUUCAGUCAACAUAUUUUCAUUGACUCCUUAGUACAGGGAAACCUUAAUGACCAACAGGUCCUAGAAGACAGUAUGAUAUUUUCUCUGGCUGGUUGCAUAAUAACUGCGAAAUUGUGCACCUGGGCAAUCUGUUUUUUAACUACUUCUGAAGAAGUUCAAAGAAAACUACAUGAAGAGGUAGACCAAGUAUUUGGGAAGGGUCCUAUUACUCCAGAGAAAAUUGAGCAUCUCAGAUAUUGUCGGCAAGUGCUUUGUGAAACUGUUAGGACUGCCAAAUUGACCCCAGUUUCUGCCCGGCUUCAAGAUAUUGAAGGAAAAAUUAACCAAUUUAUUAUUCCUAAAGAGACUCUUGUUCUUUAUGCGCUCGGUGUGGUACUUCAAGAUCCUAAUACUUGGCCAUCACCACACAAGUUUGAUCCAGAUCGCUUUGAUGAUGAAUCAGCAAUGAAAACUUUCUCUUUGCUUGGAUUUUCAGGCACACAGGAAUGCCCAGAGUUAAGGUUUGCAUAUAUGGUGACCACUGUGCUUCUCAGUGUGUUGGUGAAGAGACUGCGCCUACUCUCUGUAGAGGGACAAGUUAUUGAAACAAAGUAUGAACUGGUCACAUCAUCAAGGGAAGAAGCUUGGAUCACUGUCACAAAGAGACAUUAAAAUUGUAAACAUUUAAAAUCUUUGUUAAAUCGACUGAGGAAAAUGGCCAUUUAGAAAAUAUGUGUUGGAUCCUUUUAUAAACCAAGUAUUAUAACAUAAACACUAUUACUUCAUUAUGUAAAUUUGGAUUUUUAUAUAUAUUAUUUUCUUAGGGCAUGAUACACAUUUAUCCUUAUUGCACCAGUAUAUGGAUAAUUUUAAUAGGCAGCUUUAAUUUUCUACUUUUAGUUUUUAUGAUUUUCUAAGCCAUGAUUUUCAUCUUCUUUUUCUUAGCUUGAUCUCUAAAAUUCUUGAACAGAGAAAUUAUUUUGAACAAGUUGGGGAAUCAUGUUUUUGAAUAUUCACACAUACAAAAAAAAUUCGGUCUCCACACACCAAGAAGUCCUGACUCCUUUUUAUACUUCCAAUAAAUCACCUUAAAGGGAAAUAAUGGAACUUCCUAUAGUUUUAUUUCCUGGAUUGUUUUUAUUUUGGGACUGUUUAUUAGUUUGUGUUUUAAUCAUUUUUAUUAGGUUUGAAUUGUUCAUUGACCAGUCUACCUUGCAUUUGAUGUUUGUUUGCCUCCGUACACACAGGGUUCAUUUAAUGGUUUACACAAGGCUCAUCGUUUUGAACAGUUCUCAGUCAUUUGGAAAAUAAUGUAGUUGCUUCUGAAAGUGUACGUUUUGUUUGUUUGUUUCCACCAGUACCAGGGGUGCUCUACCACUGAGCUACAUCCCAAACACUUUUUUUUCCCUUGAGACGGGGUCUUGCUAAAUGAUUGAAGCUGGCCUCAGAUUUGUGAUCCUCUAGCCUCAGUCCCCAAAUAGCUGGGAUUACCAGCAUGCACCACUUUUGCUGGGCUUCAGUGUAGUGUGUGUGUCUUUUUUAGUACCAGGAGUGCUUAACUACUGAAGUACAACUCCAAAACCCUUAUUUUUUAUUUUGAUACGGGUUCUCACUAAGUUGCUUAGGGCCUUGCUAAGUUUUUGAGACUGGCUUUGAACUUGUGAUCCUCUUGCCUCAGCCUCCCCAGCUGCUGGGAUUACAGGUGCGUGCCACCACACUCAUCUUUAAUGUGUUUUGAAACAUUUCUCCUGUGUGAUAAACUAAGAUUAAGUCUUCUUCUGUUUUGUUGCAAAUCUUGGCAGCAUAUUAUUCCACUAAUUUUCAUCCAUGAAAGAAACAUUUGGAAUUUAUUAUUGUAUUAUCUCGUAUGCUAAAUGUAAUGAACUGGUCAGUAAGAAAGGAAAGGGCACUGACCAUAGAUCACAACCAAAAUUGGGGAAAAAGAAAACAAAGAUGGGGCUGAGGUUGUAGCUCAGUGGUAGAGGGCUCGCCUCGCAUAAAAAUAAAAUAAAGGUAUUAUGUCCAUUUAUAGCUUAUAUAUAUAUAUAUAUAUAUAUAUAUAUAUAUAUAUAUAUAUAUGAAAGAUAUGCAUAACAUGAGAGGGAUAAUAACCAUAUUAUACAUGAAGAGCUCAUACAAGUUGGUAAUAAAAAUAUACCAUAGAUAAAUGGACAAAAUAUAAGAACAGUCAUCUUUUGCAGGAGUAAAUGGCUAAUGAACUUUUAGAAAAAUGUUCAGUCUUAUUGCAGAGAAAUAAUAAGGCUUGGGGAGUAUUUUAAGUGUCUUUCAGAAUACACUUUAAUACUGAUUAAAUUUUAUAUGUAAUACUUUAUUGAUAGCAUUAUAUUGGGGGAAGGGUUAGUUUUUGUCUGGGGAAUCGACCCCAGGGCCUCAUGCAUGCUGGGCUGGUGCUGUUCCAAUGAGCUUUACCCCUAGGCCCCAAAACAUUGUAUUUUAGUCAGUUUUUUUGGCUACACUAUUCAUGAAGAAUUUCUUUUCCUUUUUUUUUUUUUUAAUGUUUAUUUUUAGGCUACUGAAGGAAAAAUGCCAUGUACAGAUAGAGGAAAGGAAGAAAAAUGAUAAUUGUUUGCAAGUGGGUUAUUUUUAACAGUGGUGAAUUUCAUUUGUUAUUUUAGUGUCAAGAUUAUGGGCCUAAGGCUUAGGGACAGAGCAUUUGCCUAGGAUGCAGGAGGCCCUGAGUUUAACCCCCAACACCAGAAAAAAAAAGAAAAAGAAAAAAAAAUCCUAGCUAUCAAGUUAUUUUAUGCUGUGUUUAUGGCUAAAUAGCAAGUGGAUAAAUAGCUUCUCAGUGAGAUGAGUGAAAGAGGCAUUUUAUUUUUUGAUUUUAAUUUUAUUUAUUUAUUGGUACUGGGGAUUGAACAUAGGGUACUUAACCACUGAGUUACAUCCCUAGCCACCCUCCCCCUUUUUUUUAGAUGUAGUUGGACAAAAUACCUUUAUUUUAUUUAUUUAUUUUUAUGUGGUGCUGAGGAUCGAACACAGUGCCUCGAACAUGCUAGGUGAGUGCUCUACUGCUGAGCCACAACCCCAGCCCCACUAAACCUUUUUUAUGUUUUGACACAGGGUUUUGCUAAGUUGCUUAGGGCUUCACUAAAUUGGUGAGGCUGGCUUUGAACUUGUGUUUCUCCUGCCUCAGCCUUCCAAGCUGCUGGGAUUACAGGCGUGUACCACUGUGCCCACCAAAAGGGGCAUUUUAGACCCACUUCUAAGGAGCUAACAUACAAUUUAAUUAGAUGCAACUUUUAUUUCUGGGAAAAGAUUAUGGAAUAAUUUAAAUUCUAAAACUUUAAGUGAAAUCUACUCCUAGUUAUUAUUGUUUUUUAAAGGGCAUUAUUAAAUCUGUCCCCUCCUAUCUAUGUUUACUCUGGUUUUGUGUAUACAGAGCAUCUUCCUUUGUUAUCCCAGUUCAGUGAGUGGAUAGAAAACUGGCAGUGGAAGGUUACAGUAGACAAUUGAUAUGUAAACCAGGUGCCAGUGAGAUCAGAUGAGAUGAGAUGGAUGGAAUUUUAAAGCAAGUGACAUCUGAUAAGCAUUAUUAAGGCAAAAACAGGGUGAGGGAACCAGAGUCAGAACUCUAUAGUGUAAUUACCAAUAUAUGAAGCAGAUGCAAAUAACUGGUAAUGAUUAGAAUCAAGGAGAAAAGAACAAAGAGGAAUCCAGCUAUAUGAGCAUAUUUUGUCCAUAGUUACAUUACUACUUUAAAACAUUUUAAAAAAUCAUUUUCUAGAUGAUUGAAAAAACUAUACUGUCAGGCUACAGGGUGGGGGUACUCAGUGGUAAAGCAUGUGUUUUGCAUGCACAGGCCUUAGAUACAGUACCCGACACCAAAAAAUGUUUGUUAACAACAUGUUCAAAAUAAAUUAUCCAUGCACUGUUGCUCUUACUUGGCUUUUUAUAUUUACUCGUUGAAAUCUUGGUAGCCUCAGUGUCACUAAUGGUUUAUAGUAUGUGAUUCUAGCUGGACUCUUCCUUUAACCAGAGGUAGCUUUUUAAUUCAUUAUAAAGUUUUAUAGCUUUAUUUCUUCACUGAUAAUUAUUUACAUUUUUUUAAGGUACUGGGUGUUUGUUUUAUCUUAUUUUAUUUUCAUUUGAGACAGAUUCUUGCUUAAUUGCUCAGGCUGAUAUUGAAUUUGCCAAAACUGGCCUCAAACUUGUGAUCCUUCUUUUUCAGGCCUCUGAGUAACUAGAAUUACAGGCAUGCACCUGACUUGAUCUACAUUCUUUUUGAUAAUUAAGAAGCUUAUUGUUAAAAGCAUAAGCACAAAAUAUUUGUAUGGACUGUAAAAUUUAAGGCAAAAUUAAUUCUGUGUGUGUUUGGGAAAAACUCAGGUGCUAUUAUCUGGCCCAGGAAUGUGUAGUUCCAUUAUUUUCUAGAAAUAGAUUCUAUUAUAGCCCAUAUGCCAAUAUUUGUUUUCUUUAGCUUAAAAUUGUUAUUGUUUCAACAAGACCUAUUUUUUGUUAUGAAAAUCAUAUAGGAAUCUUGAAAAUCAAAAACAGAGUUCCAGGGGCUAGGGUUGUAGCUCAGUGGUAGAGUACUUACCUUGCAUGUGCAAGGUACUGGGUUUGAACCUCAUCACUACAUAGAAAUAGAUUUUAAACUAAUAGAUUAUAUAUACUUCUUCUUUGAAGUCACCUUUUUUCCCUCCAAAUCCAUAAAACAUAUUGUUAUCCCACAAAAUUUUCUUUUUUCUACAUAUGGUUAUGUUGACAAAUUGAAAAAUCACUUCAAAAACAAUAAUACUAUAUGUAAAACCAAAGAUGUGACUGAUGGUAUCAAGUAGUUUAGCAAUGGUCCUUUAGUUGCUGUGGGAAGAAACCUGGCAGAGAAAUGGGCACCAUCUUCAAAGGCAGGCUUUUAUCAACAAAUUGUUACAAGUGACCUUAAUUUUCUCCUUAACUCUGCUGUGCCUGUUUUGUAAGUUAUCAAGACUAAUGAUUAAUGUUGAUAACAGAAGUCCAAGUAAAUCAACACAGCCAAAAAAACACCCCAAACAAAUAGUGCAGUAUUGCUUUCAGCUGUUGAGUGACCCGCUCUAAUAGGGAACAGAUGAGACAAACUGGCACUAAUAACUAGGAUGAAAGUAGAGCGGGGUGGAACAAGCAUUUGUUAUGAACCGAGUGCUCUAUAUACCUAUCUCUUUUAGUUCUUAGAGCAUAAUAGUAGGUUCGAAGACAGUGUCUCUUUGCCUGUAAAUGAAGAUGGGCAAAUACUAGAUAAGAAAAAGCAAGUGUCUGAACAUCACAUUAUCUUAAUAUCUUCAGUGGGGUUUAUUUAUUUGUGUAUUUACGGGUUUUGUUUGUUUGUUUUUAUUACUUGGGAUUGAACCCAGGGGCCCUUAACCAUUGAGCCACAUCCCCAACCCCUUUUUUUUAAUAUUUAUUUUUUAGUUGUAGUUAGACACAAUACCUUUAUAUCACUUAUUAAUUUUUAUGUGGUGCUUAGGAUCGAACCCAGUAUCUCACAUGUGCAAGGUGAGUGCUCUACUGCUGAGCCACAACACCAGCCCACCCUUUUUGUUUUUUUAAUAUUUUGUUUUUAGUUGUAGAUGGACAUAUACCUUUAUUUUAUUUGUUUAUUUUUAUGUUGCUGUGCUGGGGAUCAAACCCAGUGUCUCAAGCAUGCUAGGCAAACACUCUUACCACUGACCCACAACCCCAGAACCUCCAGCCCGUUUUUGUGUUUUACUUAGAGACAGGGUCUCACUGACUUGCUGGAGCUGGCUUUGAACUCCCAAUCCUCCUGCCUCAGCCUCCUGAGCUGCUGGGAUUACAGAAGUGUGCCACCACGCCUAACUGUUGGUGUAUUUAAUUUUAAGGAGGAGUUGAGCAAUAUGAUGUAUUCUUUCUCUUUUUAAAAUACAUAUUUUUUUUCAUUGUCAAUGGACCUUUAUUUUAUUUAUUUAUAUGCAGUGCUGAAAAUGGAACCCAGGACCUCACAUAUGUUAGGUAAGUGCUCUACCACUGAGCCACAACCCCAGCUCCUGAUGUAUUCUUCAUAAUAACUGAAAAUGAUUAAAAAUAAUAAAAUACUAAUAGUUAAAGAAAUUUAUAAAUGGACAAAGAAUAUUACCAACCCAGCCACAUUUCUGUAAUGGUUUAAUUUUUUUUAAUUUCCACAUAGUACCUUCAUAACAGUAUGGUCUACUCUCACUGCUAUGGGGGGAGGUCACUGAGGAUCAAACCUAGGACCUAUGCUAGGCAAGCACUUUUCCACUGAGCUGUACCCCAAGCCUACUUAAUGUAUUUUAAACAUUUUCUUUUGUAGCUUCAUAUUUGUAAUGGUCUCAGUAAAUAGCCUUAAAAAAAAAGGAAUAGACUUCUAAAAUAUAUAUCAAUUUUAAUGUUUGAUUUAUAGAAUUUGAUAAUUAAAUUGGUAAUUGUAAAAUUUGAGGGGGCAGCUACUUUGUAAAACAUCCAAACAAUAAGUAAAAAGGCAAGAAAUGACAUUUCUUCUUCCAGUUUCACUCUCCACUUACUUAGUUUACAAUGUGGUGGCUGUCUUUUUUUUUUUUUUAGUUAGUUGGACACAAUUGCUUUAUUUUUAUGUGGUGCUGAGGAUCACACCCAGUGUCUCACAUGUGCAAGGCAAAUGCUCUGCCACUGAGCCACACAACCUAGCCCUGCUGGCUGUUUUUCUAAAUAUUGAUUGCAUUUGAAAAAAUGCAAUAAGCAAAUAAGUUACAUAUAUCCUGUUUGGUAAUUUUUUUAAAAAAGAUUAUUUACAUCAGAAAUAAAAAUUUGUAUUUCUUUACAAGCAUUGCUAUGUAAUGAAACUUUGUUAUUUCACCAUUGUAACUACAGACAAAGUAGUAAAGUGCCUCUCCCCAAAACUGCAACCAAUAAAUAUUUUUGAAUAAAUAAGGUAAUUUUUA